AUGAAAAUCAGCGCUAUUGCCUUUCUUACUACCGCCGUUGGCCUUGCCACUGCACAAAAUGGAACCGAGCCCUUUGCAGCUGACUUCUCUCCUAUUGUUGAAAAGGGAUCCUAUACUUCGCUUUUGGGAGCCAUCAAUGAGACUGGCAGCGACGCGGUGAUUUCUUCAAACGCCCCUGUCACGAUUUUUGGCCCUUGGGACGAGGCCUUUGAUAACAUUACCGAUGUGUUGGAAACUCUAACAACGGAAGAUAUUCAAGGUGUCCUUCUCAAUCACGUGAUCGUUGGUGUUAAUCUCACCACAGAAAUGAUAGCGGCAGAAGGUUGUAUUGAAGCCACAACAGCCGGAGGCUUGGAGAUUUCUAUUUUCCGUGAUCCAUUCACCGGCCUUAUCGAUGUUGAUGGAUUUCAUGUUGUUGUGGACCCCGAUAUCACUGGGGACUAUGGAGUUAUGCACGGAAUUGAUCGUGUGAUCCUCGCGGAAGAGCAUGUAUUCUUUCCCUGCCCUCCUCCCCUCGACCUUUCGCCUAUUGCCCAGCUUGGAAACUACUCGACUCUUCUCGCUCUACUUGAGCAAACAAACAACGAUUUCGCAAUUUCUAUCGCCCUUUCGAACUCAACCAUCUUUGGGCCAAGCGACACUGCUUUUGCUGCCAUUCAGAGUACCCUGGAUGAAUUGAACGAUGAUCAGCUCAAUGAGGUUCUCUGGGGACAUCUGGCGUAUGGCGAAGUAUUUUCUAAUGAGGUUCGUGCAUUCGGAUGUGUUGAGGUGGAGACAUUUGCAGGGACAUCCGUAGCCGUUCGUUUCAACGAUACUACAGGCAUAGCCUCGGUCAACGGCAUUCCAAUUAGUUCUACCAACUUUGACAUUGCUGGAGAAGGUUAUGUCUUCCAUGGAAUUGAAGGCGUUCUUGCCGAUUCGGAAUACGUUCCGUGUGAUCCUCUUGACCUUUCCUUGGUAGAGUUAGCUGGAAACUACAGCACGUUUCUCAGUUUGGUUGCUCAAACAGGCCUCGCCAACGAACUCAACGAUUUUAUACCCGUUACCAUCUUUGGGCCGAGCGACGCUGCUUUUGCUGCCAUUCAGAGUACCCUAGAUGAAUUGAACAAUGAUGAGAUUAGGGAGGUUCUCUUGGGACAUCUGGCGUUUGGCGAAAUAUUCUAUGAUGAGGUUCGCGCAUUCGAAUGUGCUGAGGCGAUAACAUUUGGAGGAACUUUCCUAGCCGUUCGUGUCAACCGCACUACAGGCACAGCUUCGGUCAACGGCAUUCCAAUUAGUUCUACCAACUUUGACAUUGAUGGAGAAGGUUAUGUCUUCCAUGGAAUUGAAGGCGUUCUCGCCGAUUCGGAAUACGUUUCGUGUUCCGCAAAUCCUCUUGACCUUUCCUUGGUAGAGUUAGCUGGAAACUACAGCACGUUUCUCAGUUUGGUGGCUCAAACAGGCCUCGUCGACGAACUCAACAAUUUUACACCCGUUACCAUCUUUGGGCCGAGCGACGCUGCUUUUGCUGCCAUUCAGAGUACCCUAGAUGAAUUGAACAAUGAUGAGAUUAGGGAGGUUCUCUUGGGACAUCUGGCGUUUGGCGAAAUAUUCUAUGAUGAGGUUCGCGCAUUCGAAUGUGCUGAGGCGAUAACAUUUGGAGGAACUUUCCUAGCCGUUCGUGUCAACCGCACUACAGGCACAGCUUCGGUCAACGGCAUUCCAAUUAGUUCUACCAACUUUGACAUUGAUGGAGAAGGUUAUGUCUUCCAUGGAAUUGAAGGCGUUCUCGUCGAUUCGGAAUACGUUCCGUGUUCCGCAGAUCCCCUUGACUUUUCCUCGGUAGAGUUAGCUGGAAACUACAGCACGCUUCUCAGUUUGGUGGCUCAAACAGGCCUCGUCGACGAACUCAACGAGGUUCGACCCGUUACAAUUCUGGCGCCCACCGACGCGGCGUUUGCACGGUAUCAAAGCAACUUGACAGGACUAUCGGACGAGGAGAUUGCAGAGAUACUUCGCAUUCAUGUCAUUGCAUUUGACACCAUUGAUGCACAGUGGAUCCUUGAUUCAGAGUGCAUGGAAUUUUUCACGGAAGGGGGGUCCAUGGUCAGUUUCAGAUACGACAAUGUUACUGAGCAAAUCACCGUCAAUGGAAUCCCCCUUGUGCAGGCCGACAUUCUUGGUAACUUUGGAGUCUUGCAUGGUAUUGAUGGCAAUUUUGCUUUUGAUGGACAAUAUGAACCCUGUUUUGAAGAUCCGUAUAGUGUAGUUGGAUAUCUCACGUCCUACUAUGACCAACAAGUCACUGAAGCGGCAGUGGCGGCAUUUGCAUCAAGUGCAACGUUUUUCGGACCAACCGACGAGGCAUUUUACUCUCUUGAUGAAUAUCCAUUUUACAGUGAUGAUGCUGCCGAGAGAGAAGUCGAGUUGUUGCUCGGACACAUUGUUCCAGGUAUCCACACAGCUGCACAAGUAAAAGAAGCUGGAUGCGUUAUUCUCGAUACUUUGGCUGGAACUAAGGUCCGUGUCAUGUGGGUGGAAGGCGAUAUGGGUGGGCGUCGUUUAGCGGGCCAUGAAAUGACUGGAAUGGUGAUGGUAAAUGACGCCAUGGUCAUUCUUGCCGACCAAUUGGACGAAGAAUCUGAUGUUAUGUUCCAUGGGAUUGACAAGGUCAUUCUUUCGGGAUCCUUUAGCGAGUGCCCGUCUACCAUGUCCCCAGUGACAGCUCCAACCGAUGCCCCAGCACCCAGAGGGACUCCACCAACCGAAUCGAGUGCCGCCUUUUUCAAUCAUGUCAGCAUUAUCUUUGCCUCCAUGUUUGCACUGCUCGCUCUUUAG